CCAGCGGCACCCUGGUCUGACCGGGACUGGACUCUGGAAGUUGGACUACGUCAACAGGAGAAAGGAGAUCGUCCCAGCCCCUCAGAGGAGCUGAGCAGAGGCGGCGCGCCACGGUCACUGCCAAACAUCCCCAAAUGUCGACAGACGCAGAGGAGAGCGUGCGUCUCUGAGCGUUUUCCUGCAGGUGGACAUGUUGUGUCCGUGCGUAAAGACGCACUGAGGACGCAAAAGUAGACUUUACAUUUUUCUCCUUGACCAUCGGCAGCAGAAGAUGUUGGCGAGAAAAAGCAUCAUCCCGGAGGAGUUCGGUCUGCCGGGCCUCGCCUCCCGCUUGCCCCGCAAGCCCGUGUUCAGGGACCGCGUGAACAAAGCGCGCUUUAUCGCCAAAAACGGCUCGUGCAACCUGGCGCACAAGAACAUCCGCGAGCAGGGCCGAUUCCUGCAGGACGUCUUCACCACGCUGGUCGACCUGAAAUGGCGCUUCACGCUGGUCAUCUUCACCACGACGUUUGUCAGCAGCUGGCUGCUGUUCGCCAUGAGCUGGUGGCUGGUGGCGUUUGCGCACGGAGACCUGGACCAGCAGCGGAACGGGACCCACUGCGUCAACGAGGUCAAGUCGUUCACCUCGGCCUUCCUGUUCUCCAUCGAGGUUCAGGUGACCAUUGGCUUCGGGGGACGUAUGAUAACAGAGCAAUGUCCGACCGCCAUCACUGUCCUCAUCCUGCAGAACAUAGUGGGACUCAUCAUUAAUGCUGUCAUGUUGGGUUGCAUCUUCAUGAAGACAGCUCAGUCGAACCGUCGCGCAGAGACAUUGAUCUUCAGCCGUCACGCUGUGAUCGCUGUCAGAAACAACCGGCUGUGUUUCAUGAUUCGCAUCGGGGACCUGAGGAAGAGCAUGAUUAUAGGAGCCACCGUCAGGUUACAGGUGGUGAGGAAGACGACCACACCAGAGGGGGAGGUGAUCCCCAUCCAUCAGAUCGACGUCCAGACGGAGAGCGCUGUGGCCAGCAACAGCCUGUUCCUCCUCGCUCCGCUCAUCAUCUGCCACGUCAUCGACAAGAACAGCCCGCUGUACGACCUGUCGGCCAUGGAGCUGCAGUGCAGUGACCUGGAGGUGAUCGUCAUCCUGGAGGGAGUGGUGGAGACGACGGGGAUCACCACACAGGCCCGGACCUCCUACGUAUCGGAGGAGAUCCAGUGGGGUCACCGCUUCGUUCCCAUAGUAACGGAGGAGGAGGGUGUGUACUCUGUGGACUACUCCAAGUUUGGCAACACGGUCAAGGUAGCGACGCCGCUGUGCAGUGCCAGAGAACUGGAUGAGAAGCCAUCUAUCUUAAUUCAAACUCUCCAGAAGAGCGAGCUGUCGCACCAGAACUCGCUGAGGAAGCGUAACUCCAUGAGACGUAACAACUCCAUGCGUAAAGGCGCAGGGAGCAGCGGGAGCCUGCGCAGGAACAACUCAGGGCUGGUCACGUCUAAAGUCCAGUUCUUCACCCCGACUGACGGAGGCCAGAACCUGAACGCCGUCACCUGACAUGAGGCCUGCCUUCUGCUGGCUGCCCUGCUCCUCCUGGUGGGAAGGAGGAUUGUGGGCGUUGGUGUGUGUCCUGCCUUGAUGGGACUCAUUCUCUUUCUGUUCCCGGCCUUAUCUAGACUUGUCCACGUUUACUGAUAAUGUUCCUCCAUGUGUGGAGUAAUGUGGUUCUUCUUCAGAUUAAACUGUUCAAAUCUCUGAUACUCUGCA